GAAGCAAGCAAAAUGUGGUAACAAAAUCAAGAACCCCCUGUCCAAAUCAUUCUUAUCCCUACUUGCAACAAUAACAUUUCCCCUCAAAAUCCGUCAUCAUCUGCUUCACUUCUUUCAGAUCCUAACUAAUGGAUUCUCAAACCCCUUUUAUUUCUUCUUCUUCUUCUUCUUCUUCUUCUUAGAUUAUUCCUCUUACUCCUUCUGUUUCCCACAAAUCUCACCUUUUUCCCUUCAAUUCUCCAUCAAUUAAUAACUUUAAUUGUCUUUUUCAGGAGUUUUCAUUGAUUGAUUCGAAAAAAUAGUAUCUUCUUCUGUUUUUUCGAUGGUUUAGGUUCUAGGGUUUUUUUAUUUUUAUUUUUUUUUAUUUUUAUUGAUCUAUUGUCACCGACAGAUUUUGUUACUGAGGUUUAUAAGUUGUUGCAUUACUAGAUUUUGUUUAAGUUUAGUUGUAAAAAGCAUAAAUCUUUGUAUAGAUUUUGGUGCAUUUUGAUGGAUCUGAGUGUAUUUUGGGGAUCUUAGGGUUUGUGAAGUGAAAUUUGUUGAUUGUCUGACUAGGGUUUGUUUGUUUGAUUGGGGAUUUGGGAUUUCAUAAUGGAUCAUGUGAUUGGUGGGAAGUUUAAGCUUGGUAGGAAGAUUGGUAGUGGAUCUUUUGGAGAGCUUUAUUUGGGAGUAAAUCUUCAAAGUAAAGAAGAAGUUGCUGUUAAGUUGGAAUCUGUUAAAACCAAGCACCCGCAGCUUCACUAUGAGGCCAAGUUGUACAUGCUACUGCAAGGAGGAACUGGUGUUCCCCACCUUAAAUGGAUUGGAGUUGAAGGAGAAUACAAUGCUAUGGUUAUUGAUCUACUCGGACCAAGUUUAGAAGAUUUGUUUAAUUACUGUAACCGGAAAUUCACUUUAAAAACAGUUUUAAUGCUUGCCGAUCAGUUGAUAAAUAGAGUCGAAUAUAUGCAUUCACGAGGUUUCCUUCACCGUGAUAUAAAGCCAGAUAACUUUUUGAUGGGCUUAGGCCGAAAGGCAAAUCAGGUUUACAUUAUAGAUUACGGUCUUGCCAAAAAGUAUAGGGAUCUCCAGACGCAUAAGCAUAUACCAUACAGGGAAAAUAAAAAUCUCACUGGUACCGCUCGUUAUGCCAGUGUUAAUACGCACCUUGGAGUUGAGCAAAGCAGAAGGGAUGAUCUGGAAUCUCUUGGUUACGUGCUCAUGUAUUUUUUGAGAGGAAGCCUUCCUUGGCAGGGGCUGAAAGCCGGCACUAAGAAGCAAAAAUAUGAUAAAAUUAGUGAGAAGAAGAUGCUUACUCCAAUAGAGGUGCUAUGCAAGUCUUAUCCAACAGAAUUCAUAUCAUAUUUUCAUUAUUGUCGAUCAUUGCGGUUUGAUGACAAGCCAGAUUAUUCAUACUUGAAAAGGCUUUUCCGGGAUUUAUUCAUUCGAGAAGGGUAUCAGUUUGACUAUGUUUUUGACUGGACUAUAUUGAAGUAUCCUCAAAUUGGUUCGGGUUCCAGUUCUAGAGGACGGACGGUUGGAAAAUUACCACUGACUCCCGGGCCUUCAGCAGAAAGAGCGGAAAAAACCCCAGUGAGACCAGAGGCUCGAGAUAGAUUCUCAGGUACAGUCGAGGCAUUAGCUAGGCGUACCGGUUUGCAUGGUGAUCACUCAAGACACAGAUCUUCAGAACACGCAACUCCAUCCAAAGAAAUGGCGAGUAAAGAUCAUCUGCACGGUGACUCAGAUAAAGCACGCAUCACACGAACCGGAAGUACUUCAAAACGAGCAUUGAUGUCAAGCAGCAGACCAAGCUCAUCUGGUGAGCCCAACGAGAGCAGGUCAAACCGGCUCGGUUCAGGCAGCGGUCGCAUAUCAACCACUCAACGUCUCCACUCCCAACCUGGGUUCGAGUCCAAGUCAUCAUCUUUCACACGCGCUGUACCCUCAUCAAGAGGUGGCCGUGACGAUGCCCUUAGAAGCUUUGAACUUCUUACUAUUGGCAAAAGGAAAUAAAACUCCGGUUUUUGUUGGGGGGCCCGGUUGAAUACCCGUCUAUCGUUAAACAAUUUACGCCACGUUUUCUUUUUAAAAGAUUCGUCGUUGAUCUUUAAGAAAGAAACAGAGACUGUAUCUCACUUUCGGGUGGAUGUUCAUAUGCUGUCGAAAUGUUAAUGUUGAAGAAUCGUUGAAACUUGAUCGUGUUUUUUAUUUUCUUCCGUGUUUAAAUGUGUAAUCGAAAUGCAAUCAUCUCCGGACCGCUUGUAUCUUAUGGUACAAAUGUAUUUGUACUUUUAAUGUUCUAGUUUAAGGCUCAUGUAGUCAUGUUCUAUAUACAUUCUGUAACAGAAUUUUUCGCCCAAGAUACUGUAUUAUGAAAACUGAAUGUUUCUCCUU